AUGAAAAUAAAAUCAAAUAAGGCAAGUUAAAAAAACAAAAAGUCUACCUCCACUACCAUCUCCUCUGAUUUAUUGGAUAUCACAUAUAUUUGUCCGAGAAUUCUGGCUAUGUCAUUCCCUAAUGAUGGAAAUUCAGAACACAAAAACAAAAUAGUUGAUGUUGCUCAAUAUCUGCAAUAACGUCAUCAUAAUGAUUAUCAGAUUUAUAAUUUGAGUGGGUUGCAAUACGAUCAUACAAAAUUCAAAGGAAAAAUUUACACUUUUCCAUGGGAAGAGAAGUCUACACCUAAUUUGGGAUACUUGUUUAUGUUGUGUAAGCACAUUGACGAUUUUUUAUCAUCCAAACUAUCAAACGUGAUUGUUGUACAUUGCAUUAACGGAAUUGGAAGAACUGGAACUGCAAUUUGUUGUUAUCUGUUGUACAGUGGUCGCUUCUCCAAUGCUGAAGAGGCCUUGUUUUAUUAUGAUAAAUAGAAACAUUUGAAAGGCGGUGGAAUCACUAUGCCCUCAUAACUAAGAUAUGUGAAGUACUUUGAAAAAAUAUUAUUCUAAAGGAAUAUUUACCCACCUAUCAAAUACUUGACUUCCAUAGUUAUCCAUGGCAUUCCAGAUAUCCAAGAUAAAUAAUGUAAACCAUUUUUAGAAAUCUACACUUAUGAAAAGUCUUGUAAGACCUUGAAAUACACUGAUAAACUGGAGUACAAAGAUUAAAAGAAGGCUAAAGAUUUAAUGUUGAAAGAUAUUGAGUUAAUUAGAAUUAAUAUAGGCAAGCCUUUUUUGGCUAUUGGAGACAUAAUGAUUAAAUUUAAUCAUAAUGGCCAUUUUGAAGUAGAACCAAUGUUUCGAGUUUCCUUUAAUACUGCCUUCAUUGAGGACAACAAAUUGAUUCUAAGGAUUGAAGAGUUGGAUCCUUUCAAAUUGCAAAAGGAUGAUAGAUUUCCUGCUGAUUUGAGAGUAGAGCUUCAGUUUAAGGAUUUCUGUAAAUGCACAAAUGAAAUAUAAUUUAAUUAAAGGUGUAAAAGCUGUUUAAACUUAUCCAAACAACUUUGCCCUGAUUGGGAACUCAUCUAAAACAUUCUCAAUGAUUACAUUAAGCAUAGUGUUGAAGAGUCAUAGAUCUUAUUAUUUGGAGAUGCUGCAUUUGAUAAUCUCAAUGAGAUAAAAUACCAAACAUUUUCAGGAGGACGUGCUCGUACUGAUAUUAUUAAAGAUACCGAUGAUGACUUUUGA